AUGAGUCGCUCGAUCGAUCUACUGAGGAACUUCUACAAGGUAGAAUCCUGCGACGAGCCCCGCUCUUCUCCGAAGGCGGACGAAGAGGUGUGUCUGGAACAUUUCCAACGCACUCACGAGCGAACUGCGGAGGGUCGGUAUGUGGUUCGACAUCCCUUCAACGAACGUAAGGGCGAGUUAGGAGACUCGCGUGAAACAGCGCUGCGACGUUUUCUGGCUCUGGAGAGAAAACUCGACAAGCAGCCGGACCUAAAGGAGCAAUACUCGCAGUUCAUCCGAGAGUACGAGAAACUCGGACACAUGCGCGAGAUUGUGGAAGCACCGAACGAGGAUCCAGGGUCGGUGUUUUAUCUACCUCAUCACUGCGUGCUGAGGCCUUCAAGCACGACAACUAAACUCCGAGUCGUGUUUGACGGGUCGGCGAAGACGUCAACAGGUGUUUCGAUAAACGACGUCUUGAUGACUGGACCAACAGUCCAGAACGACCUCACUGCAAUUUUGCUUCGUUUCAGAGGUUUUAGAUACGUCUUCACACUCGAUAUUCCGAAGAUGUUUCGUCAGGUGAUCGUCCAUCCGGAAGACACUAGGUACCAGCGAAUCUUUUGGAGAUACAAUCGGAACGAUCCAAUUACAGUAAGAGAGCUGCUCACGGUUACGUAUGGCUUGGGACCUUCUCCAUUCCAAGCAACCAUGGCGCUCAAACAAGCUGCAAACGAUCAUCAGGAUGAGUUCCCGAGGGCUGCCGAGGUGGUCAACAGAGGAACAUAUAUGGACGAUACACUGACGGGCGCCAAUACACUUGCGGAAGCAUGCCAACUACAACGAGAUGUGACAAAAUUGCUAGCGAAAGCUUGUUUCAGCGCUCAUAAGUGGUGUGCUAAUCAUUCCGAUAUCGUUGCAGGAGUAGCAGAAGAUUUACGAGGAAAUUCUUUUGAGGUUACCGACAACACCUGCAAGACGACCGUUAAGACGUUAGGCAUUACAUGGAAUCCGUUUGAGGAUUGGUUUUCGGUAUCCGUUCCUGACUUCGACAACCUAGAAGGAAUGACUCGUAGAAGACUUCUGAGUCAGCUGGCCAAGAUUUUCGACCCGCUUGGAUUCUUUGGGCCAGUAAUUACAUAUGCUAAGCUGAUACUACGUGAGGUCGGCGAACUGAAAAUCGAAUGGGAUGACCCAGUCCCAACCGAAGUCAACGAGAAGUGGCAACACUUCCGAACCGAGAUGACAGCGCUGAGGGAAGUCCGAGUUCCAAGAUGGAUUUCCUGGGAGGAUGUGCUCAAGUUGGAACUGCAAGGGUUCGCUGACGCAUCCGACCAAGCCUAUGGUGCAUGUUUGUACAUACAGGGAUCUUUUGCCAACGAGGAGUCCAGGAUGCAACUGAUUUGCAGUAAGUCCCGAAUUCUACCGAAGAAGAGAAAUCCGAAGGAGAAGGCCAUUACGACCCCUCGAGCUGAACUGUUGGCGGCACUGUUACUAGCAAGAAUGGUCGUAAAGUUCCUGAAUGCUACGGAGCUUCAAAUUGAGUCUGUUCAUCUAUGGAGCGAUUCAAAAAUCGUCUUGUCUUGGCUUAAGAAACCACCGGAGCUCCUGCAGACGUACGUUUCAAAUCGGGUAAGGGAGAUUCAACAACUCGACCAAUCAUUCCACUGGCAUUACAUUUCCACUUACGAGAAUCCAGCCGAUUUGAUUUCCCGUGGAGUCACGCCUAAGAAAUUGAUUAGAUCAACGAUGUGGUGGCAACCGUGGCCACUGCAACUCAUCACCAAGAAUGCGGACGAAUUGGAAAUACCAGACAACGAGCUACCAGAAAUGCGAUCUGGAGUGACGUUGACCAUGACUGUUCCUUUCGAACGUUUCGCGAUGUUUGAGAGGUUGAGCAGUUUUACAAAAAUGGUUAGGAGUAUGGCCUACUUGGUGCGUUUUGCUAGGUUCAUCAAGUCACGCAAAACGGAGCUGGUAAAGGGUCGACUCACAGCGAUAGAGAUGCGUACAGCGACGUACGUAAUUGUGCGGAUGGUUCAACGCGAAGCUUUCCAGCCAGAUAUCCUCGCGCUGAUGGACGGUGCAAACAAAAACCGUCGACUAAAUGGACUGAAGGCGUUUUGGGAUCCCGACGAUGGCAUUUUACGAGUAGGGGGUAGAAUCAAGCGAGCUCUCAUACCAUACGAUAGUCGUCACCAGAUGCUGCUACCAGCUAAGCAUCCUGUCACCGAGGCACUUAUUCGUGAACUACACAACGACAACUUGCACAUCGGACAAAGAGGUUUGCUUGCAGUUGUACGUCAACGGUACUGGCCACUGAAUGUGAAGAGCAUCAUCCGUAAGGUAAUACGAAAAUGUAUCGUAUGCUUCAAGGCAAAUCCAUUGAAGACGACGCAGAUAAUGGGUGAUUUGCCGUCGUAUCGUGUUCAGCCAGCACCUGUCUUUGCGAAUACAGGUGUGGAUUACGCUGGUCCCUUCUUGAUUAAGUCUUCCACAACUCGCAAGCCACAAAUUACGAAGGCCUACGUCUGCUUGUUCGUAUGCUUGCAAACUCGAGCCGUACACGUGGAAUUGGUCUCGGACUUGACGACGGAUGCCUUCCUUGCAAGCUUGCGACGAUUCACCAGCCGUCGCGGAUACCCGAAAACUAUACGUUCUGACAAUGCAACCAACUUUGCAGGGGCCAAAACGGAGUUGCAUGAGCUUUGGCGUAUGUUCCAGAACGAAUGCGCCACGAAGAAGAUCACCGAUUAUUGCACUGACAAGGGUAUUGACUGGUCGUUCAUACCACCUCGAAGUCCGCACUUUGGUGGUAUAUGGGAGGCUGGCGUGAAGCAGGUCAAACACCACUUGAAACGAAUUGUUGGUGAAAGAAAACUAACGUACGAGGAGCUCUACACGACGCUGACACAGGUAGAAGCGGUAUUAAACUCUCGACCUUUAAUACCGAGCUCUGAUGAUCCGUCCGAUUACACUGCAAUCACCCCAGCACAUUUCCUGAUAGGGAGGGAAUUGCAAACUAUUCCUGAACCUGACUAUUCUAUCCUUAAAGAAAACCGUCUCUCACGAUGGCAGUUGGUGCAGUCUAUGCUGCAACACUUCUGGAGACGGUGGACUGCAGAGUAUCUGCCGGAGCUGCAGAAUCGUUCGAAAUGGUUGAAGCGGAAGGAGAUCAAGGUGGGAUCUCUUGUGCUGCUGAUAGACCAGAAUACACCACCUCUGCAGUGGCCUCUUGGAAGAAUAGCGGCUGUACACCCCGGAGAUGACGGUGCAACGCGCGUCGUUACUGUUAGAAUGUCGAAUGGAGCGGAGUUCAAACGUGCGGUAACCGAAGUCUGUUUGUUGCCGUUAGACGAAGAUGAAGAUUGA